AUGGUAAUUUAUGCUGGUGACCGCAAAAGGUAUGAUGGUGUAUUUGGCGUGCCUUUGCAACGUUUGCUUGCGAAAGAAAGAAGGGAAACCCCAUUGGUACUGUCUCGUUUGCUACAGGAAAUUGAACAGCGCGGUGUCGAUUACUCUGGCCUUUAUAUACUGUGUGGUUCAGUGGAAAAGAAGCGUCUGUUGCGCGAAGAGUUGGAGCUGAAUGUGGCACAGGCUGAUCUUGGCGUUGAAGCGGUUCCAGAUACAAAUGUGCUAACUUGUCUCGUAAAAGAUUUUUUGCGCGAGCUACCAGAACCGCUAAUUUCAACGCCAAUUUACAGCAUGAUUGUGGAAGCAUUCUCGGUCGUGUUGCCUAACGAUCCGCAAGGAAAUCGCCGUCUUCUUCUUAGGGUCAUCGACUGCCUGUCAACACCUAAUAAAGUGAGCGGUAAUUUUACAGCAUCGUUAACGGCUUUAAAAGAUCAAGCCAAAAGAAUCCUGUUUGUCUAUUCUGUACCGCUGUGCUUAAGUUAA